AGACUGACGAAGCAGAAGAAGCGGAAGCGCUCAACGAUGCACUCGCUGCAAAUGUCCACGUCGUCCGCGGCGGCGCCGUCCUACCACAAUGUGGCCGACUUUUACCCCAGAAAGUUGGGGCCCAAGCCCGACGUGGUUCCGUCCGGCGUGACCGAGCGGAAGGUGGGACCGCUGGACAAACCGGACAUGGUGGCGGUGGAUGUCAUCAACGUCGGCGAUCACGAAAUGCCCCCGAUGCACAAGAAAAAGCACGACACUUACGUCCUGGGCACAAUUCAUCCCUUCAGGAAGACACACAGGUCGUUUCCUGGAAAACUGUUACAAGAAUUCCGAUUGGUCACGUCUGACAGACGGUCAUGGAGGAUCAUGCUCUUUGGGUUCCUCAACCUGCUCUGCAGCGCCUGCCUGCUCGUCUGGUGCAGUUCCACCAACAGCAUGGCUCUGACAGCCUACACCUACCUGAAUAUCUUUGAACUCUUCAGUUUGAUCACGUGUCUGAUCAGCUCUUGGGUGAGCAUGAAGAAGCCCAGCCAGGUUUUCUCCUUUGGGUUUGACCGUCUGGAGGUUUUGGCCGUUUUUGCUUCCACUGUGCUGAUCCAGCUGGGAGCCUUGUUCAUCCUCAAGGAGAGUGUCGAGCGCUUCAUGGAGCAGCCGGAAGUCCACACUGGGCGCCUGCUGGUGGGCACCUUUGUGGCGCUCUUCUUCAACCUGCUGACAUUCAUGUCUGUGCGCAACAAACCCUUCGCCUGUGUGUCCCAAGCGGCCAGCAGCAGUUGGCUUCAGGAGCACGUGGCAGAUCUGAGCAGAAGUUUGUGCGGCGUGAUUCCAGGCCUGAGCAACGUGUUGCUGCCUCGCAUGAACCCCUUCGUCCUUAUCAACCUGGCGGGGGCGCUCUCCCUCUGUGUGACCUACAUGCUCAUCGAGAUCAAUGACUACAAGGGGGUGGACACAGCGUCGGCGGUGGCCAUUGCCCUCAUGACCUUUGGCACCAUGUACCCCAUGAGUGUUUACAGCGGCAAAGUGCUGCUUCAGACCACGCCCUCUCACGUCAUCGGCCAGUUAGACAAGCUGCUUCGAGAGGUAUCGACGCUUGACGGCGUGCUGGAAGUUCGCAACGAACAUUUCUGGACACUGGGAUUUGGAUCUCUGGCGGGCUCCGCCCACGUGCGCAUCCGCCGGGACGCCAACGAGCAGCUGGUCCUGGCGCACGUGACCAAUCGUCUGCUGCCACUCGUGUCCACGCUGACGGUGCAGAUCUUCAAAGACGAUUGGACACGGCCCCUUCUCGCGUCCCUGAGCGGCCCGCCUGCGGGCGCCGCCGCCGAAGCUUAUGCCGCCCUUACCUCUCUGCCGCCGGCGCCACUGGAUUCUGACCCGCUGACGUCGACGCCCUCCAAGCCCAGCGGCCCGCCGCCUGAGUUCGCCUUUGACACGCCAGGCCGGAACGCUCAGCCCGUGCUGCUCCCGGCGAGCGCUCACCGGCACCAGCAUCAGCGUGCUCACGGGCUCUACCGGGGCCUGGCCUAUGCCGGGGCGCCCCUGGGCCUCCGCAUGCCAGGACUGGGCGGUGGAUAUGGACUCGAGGGGGCUGACUACAGAAAUCUGGGGAGCUUCGCCCACCCGUACAGACAUUACACCCCCAAAUGAUUGGGCUGAGGGCACGCGUCCCCAUAGACGAAUCAGAACUCUGUGGAACUCUGACGUUGCGCAGGAGUUUGUUGUAAAACCUUUUUAUUUUACAUUUUGAAAAUAAUGUGGUCGAUAAACUGCCCUUGAUUUUGUGUACAAAGCCUUCAUCGCAAGUGGGAAUAAACAUAAUUUAAGGCUUCGUCGCCCGGCCUCAGUGAGUGCGGUUCAUCGUAACUGAGUAAGGUUCAUCAUACACAGGUGCGCGCUGCCCGAUCAUCACAUGGCUCUAUAUGCUUUUUGUGAUGGCAUUGCGUGGUUUCGUAUUGCCAUGUGGUACUGUAUUUUUGUUGCUGUUGUUGUAUUUCGACAUGAUUGUGUUUUCUUGUGUAGUGCCCUACAGAUUGUUUUAUAAUAUUUGUAAAUAGGGCCGGUGUACUGCCGGGCUGACUGGAACCGUGACAAAAACUUCUUGUUUGUGGUUUUGCUGCCAGAUAUCCCAGAAAUACUUGUAUUCGAUUUGUGUUUUACAAUAUACCACGAUUAUUGUAAUAAUUGAAUUAUUUGUCGUUGUUUCCCUCCAUUAAUCAAGGAAUGAAAUACAAACAAAACAUGUUUCCAUCUA